UCCGGCUUCAUCAUCCAUGCAGGCAUAGGCUAUACAGUCACCAUGGAGCUAACCACGGGACCCAUCCUGCUUCUCACGGUCACCGCCUUCGUGUGCUGGAGCGCCCUCUACGGCCUGUUCUGCUGGCUCCAGCCCCACCGAUCUUAUGAAUGGAACUGUCGGGUUGUGGUCUUGAUCCACGCAGUGACUGUGCUUAGCAUGUCGUCGACCUUUGGGUUUCUAUACAAUCCUUGGCCGUUCACGCAUCCAGGUAACAAAUCCAACAUUUACGAGAUAACGACCAUGAUAGUGUGCCUUGGAUACUUCCUCUUCGACUUCUGCUGGUGCGUCUGGUUCUACGACGACGAAACCAAGAUCAUGAUAGUCCAUCACCUCGUCUCCAUCAUUGGUAUCGCCGCCUCGUUGGUAACCGGCCUCUCGGGCACCGAAAUCGGAACCUGCAUCUUCCUGGCGGAACUCACGAACCCUAUGCUCCAGUUCCGCUGGUUCAUGCGCAGUUCUGGCAUCAAGGAAGGGUGGGUGUACGAGCUGAACGAUUUGAUGUUCAUGCUAAUGUUCGCCCUCUGUCGGUGUGUGAUCGCCAGCUUUUUCCUCUACAGACAUAUCAAGCAUCCGCGCCCGAAACCUUUCUUCAAGGUGGGCGGGGUGGCCCUCUACCUUGUUGGAAUAGUUAUGUUUGGACACAUAGUGGUGUUUGGUUAUCACAAGUACACGAAGUUGUACCGGAGAUGGAAGUCGAGGGACAAGACGAUAGAAAACAAUAAGGCAAAGUGAGCCUGAGACUUUCAAUUAAGCAGAAAUAAAAACUGCGUACCUGGGCCCAAUUUCUAGAUCUCUUAACCCUAAAAGGGCCGGGUUAUUUUGACCAUCUCUCAGCUGCCGGGGGCGGAUUUUCCCCCCUUGUGAUCUCGGCCAUCGAAUGAAGGGAAAAAAUGAAACUCGGUACAUGCAUAGAGCAACUCAUCAAAAACAUGCCCAAGAAAUGUCAUG